AAUCCUCCAGGCAAGCAAUCAUCUCUCCAAAUUUCCUAAACAGCUGUUGUAACUCUAUUUUCUUCAACUCGUAAUGUAGGGAAAGUGUUUCUUUGAUUUAUGGAUGGAUGUACGGGUAAACGAUCUGUUGACCGGUUGGUUGGUCCUCGGAAAGCUACUGGUCUUAUCCUGCGUGAUAAUAUGAACAAGACAGAUGGUAAGACUGUUCCUUUCUGCAGCCGAGUUGGUUGUAGUGCAAAGGUAACUUCUACCAAGAGAACCCGGAUUGGCUCUACGGAUAACGAUACAAAAGCUGGUCUGCCUCUGGUUCCGUCUUCCUCAAAUGGAAAGGAAACUGUUGGGAGUUCAUCUCGAACUCCUGGUGGAUUUGGAUACUUAAGAAAGCCAGCCAAAGUUACUGCCAGAAGACAGCCGUCAUCUAGUUUAGACACAGAAUCUUCGGAAAAGAGUAGUAUUCAUGAUGAUCCAGCUGCAACAGAGCCUACACUUCCACGCCAAAAGACUAAAAGAGGCACAAUUAAUGUUCAUCCUCAAAGCGCUGUCUCUGGAGAAGUCGUAUUGACAAAGGCAGGAAGCUCAAGUAGAGGAACCAGCAGAAUUAGUCAUCAAAAGUCUGAAUUGGGCAGCGGAGAUGCUCUGACGGGUCCUUCUGUUUCCACAUCUUCUGAUAACAGCGAGCACACUAUAAGAGGCGGUUUGAGCAGGAAUAGAUUGAGGAACUUGAGGUGCAAUUCUGUGUCUGAUGUUCUUCCAACUAACUCAAACUCAGCAACAAAAAUCAGUGUGACUAAAAAGAAAAACUCUGAUGGAGAGAGCAGCUCCUCUAGCAAAGGCAGUAAGACUAGUUUGUUGGUGCCAAAGGUAAGGAGUCAAAAUUCUUCUCAUGGCAAUGGCAUCACAGUUUCUGAUAACAGAAGAAAUCGAAUAUUACCAAGUAUUAGGGACAGCAGUGUUGGUUCAAGUGGUGGUAGGAGAUCUGGUUAUAUUGGUAGAUCAGAGCGACUUGGAGCUGUUGCAUCCUCUGCUACUUCUCGACAAAUGCCUCAUCCUGCAACACCAACCGAUCCCAAUCCUUCUCUUUCGUUUUUUCCAUCAGAUAGAUACAGUAGGCCAAACAGUAGUACUGGACGCGUACAUAGCACGAUGCCUGGUAGCCCCACAGAAGCUGACCCUUCAAGCUCUUUGGUGAACCGGGAUGGUUUGAGUCACUACAACAUGAAUGGUAUUGCAGAGGUAUUGUUGGCCCUGGAAAGGAUUGAACAUGAUGAAGAGCUUACAUAUGAGCAACUGGCUUCUUUGGAGACCAAUCUAUUCUCAAGUGGUAUGUUCAGAUUCUACGAUCAGCAUAGAGAUAUGAGGCUUGACAUUGAUAACAUGUCAUAUGAGGAACUACUAGCUUUGGGGGAGAAAAUGGGUACAGUGAGCACAGCUCUAAGCGAAGAAGCACUCUCGAGAAGCCUCAAGCAAAGCACUUAUCAGGAGACAGAUGAAACCGGAUCCAUAUCUCUGAAUAAGGAAGAUGAUAUCAAGUGCAGUAUUUGCCAGGAAGAGUAUGUUGAUGGAGAUGAAGUAGGGACUAUGCCAUGUCAACAUAUGUACCAUGUGAGCUGUGUACAACAAUGGCUGCGGAUGAAGAAUUGGUGCCCAAUCUGCAAAACCUCUGCGGAAGAGGAGAAAUCAUUUUAGUGAAUAAUGCCAACACCAGUUUUAGGUUUGUGGGAUGAUUCCAAGAUGAUGCAGAUACAUUGCUUUUUUCUUCACCAAGUGCUUGUCUCUACAUCAUCUUGCUCUCUCUCUUUUCUUUUCUUUUCUUUUCUUUUGUACAUAUAACAAUAUCUUUCUUUUGACCCAAUUGGGUACAAAUGGGUAAAUAAGAUCAGGUGACCAUAUCCUUCUCUUUCUGUAUUAAAAGCUCAACUUUUGA